AUUGAAUUAGAUUUGCACUUCAAUUGUGAUUAUGGUAUUCAAGUGUCAAACAGACAGUUAUCUCCAACAGUUCAAAACAAAUGUCAAAACUUGUAAAUCAAGUGAAUUGAAGGCACCGAAGAGUGGGACCAAAUUGAAUGGCUUUGAAGUGGUUCUCGAGGACACUAUACUGUUCCCCGAAGGCGGUGGACAGCCAUCAGACUUUGGCACUAUUGAUGGCAAACAAGUAGUGGAUGUCCGACGGGAUGGCGAUAUUGCUGUCCAUUUUGUGGUAAGCGAUGAGCCGUUGUCUGAGGGCCGGGAAGUGGAUGUGACACUGGAUUGGAGCCGACGUUUUGAUAAUAUGCAACAGCAUUCCGGACAACAUCUCAUUACAGCCAUCGCUGAGCAGACAUUUGGUUUGUGUACCACUUCUUGGUCUCUCGGAGAAGAGGUUUCGUUUAUUGAAUUGGACGCCAAAGAGGUUUCAGACGAGACCAUCAGAAAAUUAGAAACCAUUGUUAACGAGAAGAUCAGGUCUUCGGCACCCGUUGUGGUCACUGUUUAUGAUAAGAAUGACGAACGACUUCAAGAAGUUAGGACCAGAUUGAUGGUACCCGAAGGCCUAACCGGUGCCAUACGUGUGGUCACCAUUGAAGGCAUCGAUAGCAACACUUGCUGUGGAACUCAUGUCACGAAUUUAAGUCAUUUGCAGUCAAUAAAACUUCUUUCGGCCGAAAAGGGAAAGAAGAAUAAAACAAAUGUAUAUUUCUUGAGCGGAAAUCGAGUUCUUUCUUAUUUGGAUAAGUGUUACAAACGAGAGAAAGCACUCAUCUCUUCAUUAAAAUGCACUUCCGGAGACUUUUAUUCGAUGACAGAGAAAAUGAAGAAAUCGCUUAAAAUCUCACAAAAGAAUUGUUUGAAUGCAAUGAGAGAUUUGGCUAAAUUAGAGGCGAAGAAGUUCUUGGAGUUGACAGAAAAGCCCAAAUAUAUAUCAAUCCAUCGCAAAGAAAGUGAUGUCGAUUUCAUCACAUUCUUCUUGAGUGAAGUGAAAGACAAAACUAACAAUACUUUGUUUGUAUUGUCCGUCACCGACGAUAGCACUGAUGUUAACAGCGGUGGACAGUUAGCGUUGGCCGGCAAUCAAGAGCUCGUUCAACGACUCAUUCCUAUAAUCAGUGGAUUAAUGCCAGUGAAGGGCGUACUAAAGGACGGCAAGUACUCGGGAAAAGUGGCCAAUUUGUCCAAACGGGCAAAACUCGAUGAAUUGCUUAAAUCUGAAUUUGAUAAAUGA